CCCAUAUAAACCGAUCUCCCGAUUUAAGUUCUUGAGUCCUUACAAGACGCAAUUUUUGUCCGAUUUGGCUAAAAUUUUGCAUGUGGUGUUCCGUUAUGACUUUCAAUAACUGUACCGAGUACGGUCCAAAUCGGUCUAUAACCUGAUAUAGGUCCCAUAGACGGUACGUAUAACCGGCUGCCAUGGGGUACGCACAACAGGGUAUCUGUGAUUCGAAUUGAACUCAAUGUUCGCCUUUGCCCGUUUUUCCUUGUCUUUUUUGUUUUUCGUAAUUUUCAUGUGUGCUUCUUAACACCCAAUGAGUGCCUAUAGCAUUCACAUCCAGUAAUUGCUAAUAACGCCAUUAAAUUGUUUAUCUCAACGCCGGCACAUGGUUAAUAAUUAUAAUUGUGCCAUGGUGAAAGGUGCGCUGCAUUUAUCUGCCAUAGCUGGAAUAAGUAACAACUCAAAUACACAUUUAGGAAAAAUAAAAAAAAAAUUAAGAAAUUAUUUUUAAAAAAGUGAUUUUUAAAAUGUCAAAAGCCUGAGAUUUAAUGGACGGUAAACAAAUUGGCCACAAAAAAAAACAAAUUAAGACAAACAUGACGUUGUGAAAAGCUGAAAGUCCAAAACUAAAUAAAAUUUAUACAAAUUCGAACUACACCACCUUUCAAAUUUAAGAAGAAGCAACAUCAACGACAACAUGGCUCAAUUGGGAGCCUGGGACUAUACCAUCUUGGCCAUAGUGCUUUUGGUAUCUGCGGCUAUAGGUGUCUACUAUCGUCUGACUGGUGGCAAACAAAAGACUACACGAGAAUAUCUACUAGCUGAUCGUUCCAUGCCCAUACUGCCAGUGGCUUUUAGUUUAAUGGCCAGUUUUAUGUCCGCCAUUACAUUGUUGGGUGUUUCGGCGGAAAACUACCAGUUUGGCACUCAAUUUGUAUUGAUUAAUAUAUCCUAUGUUCUGGCCACGCCGGCAGCAGCCUACUUAAUAUUGCCUGUCUUUUAUCGCCUCAAAACUGCCAGUGUUUAUGAGUAUUUGCAGCUGCGUUUUGGUUAUGCCACCCGACUCUAUGCAUCCUUGGCAUUUUCGGCGCAAAUGAUUUUGUACAUGGGUAUUGCAUUGUAUGCUCCAGCCCUGGCUUUGGAAGCGGUCACCGGAUUGAAUAUUGUUUUCUCCAUAAUUAUUGUGGGUGUGGUUUGUACUUUCUAUGCCACUUUGGGAGGCAUGAAAGCUGUCUUGGUCACCGAUAUAUUUCAGUCGCUGUUGAUGUUUGCCUCUGUGUUUUCAAUCAUCAUAUGUGCUGGCAUCAAGGCCGGUGGCUUGGGACCCAUAUGGACAGCAGCCCAAGAGGGUGGACGUUUAGAGUUCUUCAAUUUCAGUGUGGAUCCCACUACAAGGCAUACAGUUUUUACCCAAAUAAUUGGUGGCAUGGCCACAUAUUUGGCCAUAUAUGGCGUUAAUCAGACCCAAGUACAGCGUCUACUCUCAGUGCGUAGUUUGAAGGAUUCAGCCAGAUCUUUGUGGUGGAGUUUGCCCAUACUCAUGCUGCUCAGCUUUACAACUUGCUUUUCGGGUCUUUGUAUAUAUUACUACUACAAGAACUGUGAUCCUCUGCUGGAGGGCAGAAUUACUUCUCGAGAUCAGUUAAUGCCUUUGUUUGUGGUGGACACCAUGGGUCAUUUGCCCGGCAUAUCGGGCUUGUUUGUCUCCGGCAUAUUCUCGGCCAGUUUGUCUACCAUAUCUUCAGCCAUAUCAUCUCUAGCUGCUGUAACCUUGGAGGAUUACAUUAAACCCUUGGUGGCCUAUACCAAACGCAUCGAGCUCAGUGAUGCCAAAACCACUUUUUAUUCAAAAUUGCUGUCUAUACUUUAUGGUGGUGUAUGCUUGGGAUUGGCCUUUUUGGCUGGCUCUAUGGGAGGCCUAUUGCAAGCAGCUCUUUCGAUUUUCGGCAUUAUUGGAGGCCCUCUGUUGGGUCUAUUUACAUUGGGCAUGUAUGUGCAGAUGGCUAAUCAGAAGGGCGCUUUAUCUGCCUUAACGCUAAGUUUUGCUUUUUCAUUCUGGACGGGUUUUGGCAAACCAAGACCUCCCAUACCUACUCUUCCCUUGGAAACCGAUGGUUGUCCCGUCAGCACUAACCCAACUAGCCAUAUUAGCAAAAUAUUGUUAAGCAAAGUUAGCAACUAUGCCGAAGAAGAGCCCCACUACUUUUAUCUCUAUAGAGUUUCCUAUAUGUGGUAUGCUGUUUGCGGUUUUCUAAUAGCAUUUUUGGGUGGCAUAGUGCUAUCCUGGAUCUUUGACAAACUCAAAUGGGAUUCUAAUGACAAAAUCUACACCGAUAGUUCCAGAACUUUAAUUAAACAUGAGCUAUUUGUGCCUCCCAUAGCCAAACGUAUAAGACAAAAACAAAUGCCUUUGGUUGUGGUCACGGCCAGCUCGGAAAUUGGCAACAGUUCUUCACGUACGCCCAGCUUUGUGGAGGAGGAGCCGCCCAAUAGUAAUUUAACCAAGACCUAUACGAAUUCUACGGAAUUAAAUGAAAAUUAUACGACGGAAGACGAAUCAAUUGGCGAGAGUAAAGAGGAUCUUUCGAAAUCUUGCAGUAACUCCAAUGGCGGCAAAGGCAGCAUGGAUGUUAUACCCGAGGAACAAGAACAACACACAAAUGGCUUAAUGAAAAAUACGAACAAUUUAUCAAGCGAUGCAAAGCAAUAAUUAAGAUAGAAAAAAAUAUGAAUUGUACAUAUUGUUGAUAAGAUUCAAGACUUUAUUUAAGAAAUAAAGUGCAUAUUUAUGUUGAGUUUUUUUUAUACAUGA